AUGUCAGAUUCUUCAGUUGAUGAUAAAAAAGAUGAAACAAAACCAGUUUUAGAUCAUAAUUUUCCCCAAUAUUAUCCCAAUCCUGGAUAUUAUUAUCCUCCAUAUGAUCAUUUUCCAGGAUCAUAUGGACAACCUUAUCUUGGUUAUCCUAACCCUAACAUGCCACAAUGCCUUUAUUUCUACCCAAAUUACCAAUCUGAUUGUUAUGAUAAUAAUAACAAUAAUAUAAAUACUACCCCUCAACCCGAAUUAUCAAAUGUAGCCCCACCAUCAAGAAAAUCGUUAACUUUCUGUCGAGUCUUGUUUUGCCUUAUUUUCAUUAUAAUCUUGGGUAUCAUUAUCACUCUCGUAGUUAUAUGGUGGAAAUUUUUACCAUAUGAGCCCAGAUUUGAGGUUGUAUCAUUCGUUGUGAAUUCGUUCGAGAUAUCUAACUCCUCAAAAUUGAGAGCAGAUUGGGAGAUAGAAAUGAACGUGUAUAAUCCUAAUAAGAAAGUGGAUAUUAAGUUGGAGCAUAUAGCAACUAGUUUGAUGUACAAGUAUACACUUCUUGAAACGUCGUUCAGUGCACCUUUUAAAUUGAAUAAAAAAAGUGAGGCUACGAUUCGUGCUGAUUUUGAUAUUCCAAAUUCAAAUCAUAAGGAAAUGGGAGGUCUUGUUGUGAAUGAUAUAGCUCGAGAUCGAAGAAAAGGUCAUUUAUCUUUUGAUUUGAGGAUAGAAGCUAAAAUAUUGCAUAUAGAAGGGAACAAAUCGAGACGCCGAAAAACAGUGUAUGUUAUAUGUGAAGAUUUAAAUUUGGAGUUCAAGAAUUCUUCUAGCUUGCCAAAUUGGGAUGGUUAUAUAGUGGAAUGCACUUUCGACGAUGGUUAA